UGUUUUCAAACAAAUUUAUUGAAUAUAGUUUUGAAAACUACAUUAAAGUCUGUCUAUAUCUAUAGUUUUUUGGCACGUAACCUUUACAAGGAGAUUAGAAAAUCAAGUGCCCAGUCAAACUGCUAACCGAGUAUCUCAAAUAACUUUUCUAAACAAGUACGCCGCAAACAAGUCGGCAUAGUUUUCGCGGCUCGAAAUUGUUUGGUAACCAGGAAACGUAUCAAACAACUAAACGACCAUUUCUGCCAAACACGCUUCCACACAGUUUACGGUGUCGGGUAUAAGGACGGUGUGAUGUCUCAAGCGAGCGGUUGCGGUUCGGGCUCCGGCUCCAGCAAACGGCCGGACGAAAAGGUCGAAACUGCGGGACGGCUCCUUAAACUGCCGCCCAUCACCUAUCCGAGAGAUCCCGACAUGAUUCCUUUCCACAUUCCACACAAAUCCCUUAUCGAGAAGAUUGCCUACAAAAAAACACAACGUGAACCACUUAGCGGAUUUCUGGAGACCCAGAGAAACUUGGGAGUAAAAGAUAAAACACGUACUCUUCCUUCAAUAGUUUCAGAAGACAAAAAAGGAACUAUCAAAUUCGACUACAAAACCCUUCAGAAAGAGAAGGCGGCCAAGGGAAUGAAAAUUGUGGAACUUCAUCCUGACAAAGACGAGAUUGUGUUACCGCAUCACAGAUUACAAGGUGUCGCCUCCCAGGCCUACUGGAUAAACACGAUGAGGAACAAAACGGACGGUUCAUUCGUUUAUUUUACCUAUAUUGUGGACAAUUCUUCGGAGAAUUAUUCUCCGUACGCUGUCAGGGAGGUCCCCUAUUCGGAAGUGGACAAGAGCAACUUUUUCACGAUGAGCUCGAAAGGCGUUUUACAGCACGUUGGCUACGAAACGAUCUUCACACCUUUAGACCACUGGGAGGCUGAAUAUAACAUGUACUGCAGGCUUAUGAAGAUCAAAUCAUUUUUUAAUUUUCGCAUGUGGAAGGGAUUUUAUGUUUGGCGGAAAGGAAUUAAAUACAGGAAGUAUAGCACCGCUCAAAAGCACAUCAAUGAAAAUUUGUACAUACUGAAUCCGAUUUUGAGGGACGGCUUGCUAAACAUUUUGCAAAUGUGCGUCAAGAUGACCGACAUCAUUUUCACCGACUCUUCAAACAUUGUCGAACGUAUGCUGUUUUACUUCAUUGAAGAUCAGAUGAGAAAAUUAGAAAUAAUCUCAGCAAAGAUUGAGGAGUUUCGGGAGGUUGCAAAAGAUGUUAUAUUAAGUGCUUGUUAUGGUGCUUUAAUGGCUAAAGGAUUUCACGUGGACGAACGUAAACUUGAAGAAUAUAACAAAACCAAAAAGGGAAAGAAGAAAGAAAUUUCUCACAUCGAACAAGCCAACAAGAAGAAGUUUUGCUUUCGUUUAGCUUGUUUUAUAACCUUGUGUGAUUAUUUAAUGGUAGACAUGUUGCACAAUUUGAUUUUAGCUUCAAUAGCUGAAUUAAUCAAGGCGUUUGAAUCCCACUUGAAAUUUCUGCCAUCCAAAGAGGAUAUUAGGACCAAAAGUCUACAAGACGACUUGGAAGGACCUCGGCAACACGAACCAUCGCUGCCUUUAAUUAUUGCAACAGUUAUGUUGACACCAGAAAAACUAAGUGUGGAUCCACCAAUGAAAGUCACAUUGGAUAUCAUUGAACAAAUUAUUGACCUAUGGAUCUUCAACGCCACCAAACUUCCUACUUUAGUAGGUGACGAUGUCUAUUUGGACUUUACAACGCCGGUGGUGAAUUUAGUUGUAUCGGAGAGAAUUUGUGGCAUGGGUCCAAGGUUGACGUUUUAUUUGGGCAUCGACAAGAAUCUAGAAGACAUGAGAGAAAUCAUGGCUAAUUAUAUAAAACUGAAUUACAGAGAAGCUUUAACUUACAUCGAAAGAUUCGAUUAUAUAAGAAAGUUCUUCGGCGAAGACUUUGAAACAGGGAAGGAAGUUAUCGAACAAGAGACUAAUUUGGAAUUAUUUAGGAAUUGGUGUAUACGAUACCACGAUGAAAUCGAUACUAUUAACAAAAUAGUCGAGAAACAGUGUUUAGGUAUCCUUUAUCUGCAAUUCCAGAACAUGAAGGAGGAAGCGAUGCCGGAACCGUUGAGACUUUUACAACUUGUCGAAAAUGUUCUUCCGACUAUUGGCAAACAUAAAAUAGAUAAAUUAAUUGAAGACGUGGAUGCUGCCCAAAAUUAUCUUUUAGAGAAACCGGUGGAAACUCCUGAUUACGUGGCAUAUUUGGAGUAUAUUGAAAAAGCUGGAGCACUUGUUGAUGAAAUGGAAGUUGUCUUUGAUUAUUGCAAAGAUUUGUAUGAUAUUAUGGAAGAGUUUGAUAUUAGGACUGCUCCUGAAGAAAUCAGCAACUAUUUGGGGAUUAGUGUGACUUUAGGAAACUUAAGGAAUUUGGUCGAUAAGAAAACCGAAGAGACUCCCAGGAUUAUUAAGGACUUCAAUGAUCAACUCAACAAGGAUAUCAAUGCCUUGUUACGGGAAUUGGGAGUCAUCAAAGAUGAAUGCAUGCAACCGUGGUUGUACGACAUCAACUCCAAUAUACAAGAUGUGAAAGACUUUUUGGUUACCUUGUUGGAUCGUUUGUUAGCGUGUCAAAAUAGAUCCCAAGAAAUCAAAAACUAUCAGAAACAAUUUAGGCUUGAAGUGACAAGAUUCGACAUACUAGAAGAAGUAAUGAAUGAUGUGAAAUUAAGACAACUCUUGUGGGAGAGUGUGGAAACUUGGGCUACGACGAUGGACGAAUGGUACCACGCCGAUUUCAACGAACUAAACGUGGAGGAAAUGAAUACGUUUGUCGCUAAGAACAUAAAAAAUAUUACUCAGUUAGAAAAAGGUCUGCCUAAAAACUUAAUUGUGCCCAAACUGCGUGAUGAUGUCGAAAUUAUGAAGAACAAACUUCCAGUGAUCACGUACUUGAGAAAUCCUUUCUUGAAACAACGUCACUGGAUGAAAAUCGAAAAUAUACUAUCGUACAAAUUCAAACCUGACGUACAAAAUACCCUCGAAAUUUUCGAAGACUUAAACUGUUUCAAUUAUCCAGAUGACUUAAUGGAAGUUGCGGGUCAAGCCAGCAGUGAAGCUGGUUUAGAAGCAAUGCUCAAAAGAGUGGAGGAGGCUUGGGAGACUUUGGAAUUUCCUGUGGUGCCACACAAAGAUUCGAAAGAUGUUUAUAUUCUUGGUUCGCUGGAAGACGUGCAGGCAGUUCUGGACGAAACCACAAUUACUGUUCUUACUAUAGCCAGUUCGAGACACGUUGGACCGAUCAAAUCCAAAGUGGAUGAAUGGUUGACAAAACUUGAUUUGUUUUCAAGAACCAUGGAUGAGUGGACAAUGUGCCAAACUAGCUGGAUUUACCUCGAAAUAAUUUUUUCUGCACCCGACAUCCAAAGACAAUUGCCAAACGAGUCGAAACUGUUUUUGAUAGUUGACAAAUCUUGGAAGGAUAUAAUGAGAAGGACGGCCAAAAUGCCUUUGGCCAUGGAGUCAGCCAUGUAUCCCAAUCUAUGCGAAAUUUUUAAGAAAAACAACGAACUCCUGGAACAAAUCAUGAAGUGUCUGGAAUCAUAUUUGGAAACGAAAAGAGUGGCGUUCCCCAGAUUCUAUUUCUUAUCCAACGAUGAAUUGUUGGAUAUUUUAGCGCAGACUCGAAAUCCGCACGCCGUUCAGCCGCAUCUCAGAAAAUGUUUCGAUGCAAUAGCCAAACUGGAAUUCGGUGUCAAAUUAGCGGAUGACACGCAGGAAACGGAAGGCAAAAAGAAACCUCCCGAACCGAUUUUAACCACCGAUAUAGUCGCCAUGCUGAGCCCGGAGGGCGAGAGAGUACCUUUGGGCAAGGGUUUGAAGGCGCGGGGAAACGUGGAAGACUGGCUGGGCAAAGUGGAGGAGUCGAUGUUCACUUCGCUACGCAGAAUCAUGAAGUUCUCGUUGAAUGAUUACAGCACGAAAAAACGAACGGAUUGGGUCGUACAUCAUCCGAACCAGAUUAUUUUGACCGUUUCUCAGAUCAUGUGGGCGAGGGGAGUGCACGAGGUAUUCGACAGUGCUUCUCAUGGUCCUCACGGCCAGCUACAGUCACACGCAAGCCAUGGCACACCUUCACCGGCGGUUUUUAAGUUGAUGGAACAAUACGAACAAAAGUGUAUUACUGAUUUAAAUAACUUGGCUAUACUUGUAAGAAGUCAACUACCUCCAGUCACAAGAAAAAUACUUAUUGCCCUCAUAACCAUAGACGUCCAUGCUAGAGAUACUAUUCACAACAUGGUUUCUAAUAAAGUACACGACAGUCUAUCUUUCGAGUGGCUAAAAGUUUUGCGUUACUAUUGGGAAGAUGACAUAGAUAAUUGCUUGGCUCGAAUGUCAAGUGCAUAUUACAUCUACGGUUAUGAAUAUUUAGGAGCUGGAGGAGUCUUGGUAAUCACCCCUCUAACAGACAGAUGCUACUUGUGUUUAAUGGGAGCAUUGCAAUUGGAUUUGGGUGGAGCUCCGGCCGGUCCUGCAGGUACUGGCAAAACAGAAACCACCAAAGACUUGGCCAAAGCGCUUGCCAUUCAAUGUGUGGUGUUUAACUGCUCAGAAGGCUUGGACUUCAAAAUGAUGGGCAGAUUCUUCUCUGGCUUGGCUCAGUCAGGAGCCUGGUGCUGUUUCGAUGAGUUCAACAGAAUUGAUAUCGAGGUGUUGUCCGUUAUUGCCCAGCAACUCAUCACGAUCAGGAACGCCAAAGCUGCAAGGUUGCAAAGAUUUAUGUUUGAAGGUCGAGAAAUAAAACUGGUCAAUAAGUGCGCCGCUUUUAUUACAAUGAAUCCUGGUUACGCUGGAAGAACUGAGUUGCCUGAUAAUUUGAAAGCACUGUUCAGACCUAUUUCAAUGAUGGUGCCAGAUUAUGCAUUGAUUGCCGAGGUGAUCCUGUACUCGGAAGGUUUCGAGUCGUCAAAAGUCCUCUCGGGAAAGAUGGUGAAUAUGUAUAAGUUGUGCAGCGAACAACUUUCUCAACAAGAUCACUACGACUUCGGAAUGAGAGCGGUGAAAAGUGUAUUGGUGAUGGCAGGCGCGUUGAAACGUGCCACUCCAGACAGAGACGAAGACGUAGUGCUAAUUUGCGCCCUUCGUGACAGCAAUUUGCCCAAAUUUUUAACCGACGACGCCAUUCUGUUCCAAGGCAUCCUUGGUGAUCUGUUUCCUGGAGUCGAACUACCGGAGUCAGAUUAUGGAGUAUUCGAAGAGACAAUUGUGCAAGUGAUGGUGGACAACAUUUUACAGCCAGAAAAGCCGAUGAUACUGAAAGUUUUGCAAUUGUACGAGACAAUGAUUGUGAGAUGGGGUGUUAUGUUGGUAGGACCGACUGGAAGUGGAAAGAGUACCAUACUUAAUACAUUAAAUUGGUCGUUGACUAAGAUGCAUGCAGACGACCAUCGAGGUCCAUAUUAUCACCCAGUUCACACCUACACCAUCAACCCCAAAGCUGUGACAGCUGGUGAACUGUACGGCGAAGUCAAUCCAUUCACACUAGAAUGGAAGGAUGGAUUGAUGGGUUUAAUGAUGAGGACUGCCGUUAAUGAUACAUCUGAGGAUCAUCAAUGGAUAGUUUGUGAUGGACCAGUUGAUGCCGUAUGGAUUGAAAAUUUGAAUACAGUCCUGGAUGAUAAUAAAAUGUUGUGCCUUGCCAAUUCGGAAAGAAUAAAACUAACACCUUAUGUCCACAUGGUCUUUGAAGUCCAAGAUUUGGCUCAAGCUUCUCCUGCUACGGUCAGCAGAUGUGGUAUGGUUUACGUCGAUCCUGACGACAUAAAAUGGAUGCCAUACGUCAAGUCUUGGAUACAGAGAUUGAAUGAAAACCUAGUAAAUCAAGAAAUGAAAGAUUUUAUUUUGACGUUGUUCGAGUUUGCUGUAGCCGAUGGUUUGGAGUUCAUUAAAAAGUUCUGCGUCUACUCAAUCAAUCAAGUAGAUAUAGCUAAGGUGAAGGUGAUUUGUAAUUUGAUGCAGAGCUAUUUGCAAAUACCCGGUGCGAUGGAAAAAAUCGGCGAAAAGAGCAAAGUGCGAAUAUUUUUGGGACAAACGUUUUUGGUUGCCUAUAUUUGGGGAUUGGCUGGGAACCUUAAGCUUGAUAGCAAGACUAAAUUCGAAGCGUUUGUCAAUAAAAUUUUUGAUGAACAUUCAGAUGCAAGAUUGCCUACUAUAGCUGGUUUGUGGGACGUCUUCGUUGAUGCUGUUGGUCAUAAAUUGGAAGUGUGGCAAAAAAUCAUACCGAAUUUUGCUUAUGAUCCGGAACUACCAUUUUUCGAGAUGCUUGUUCCAACAAUUGAUACGAUACGUUAUGGUCAUAUUAUGGAGCGAUUAAUCUACAUUAACCAUCCUGUACUUCUGACAGGAGACACUGGGGUUGGAAAAUCGGUGGUGGCAAAAGAAGUCUUGGCAACGUUACACAAUACGGGCAAUUUUGUGCCAGUAUCCAUGAAUUUUUCCGCUCAAACAAGCAGUUUUAGAACGCAGGAAAUUAUGGAGUUGAAAUUGGACAAAAAGAGAAAGAAUUUAUUAGGAGCACCGAUUGGGAAAAGAGUUAUAAUAUUCGUGGACGAUGUUAAUAUGCCAAAACUUGAAAGAUACGGCGCUCAACCACCUAUUGAACUUCUGCGACAGUUCUUGGACUAUGGUGGUUUGUAUGAUAGAGAGAAAUUGUUUUGGAAAACUAUCCAAGAUGUGGUGAUAACGUCAGCGUGCGCACCACCUGGAGGUGGUAGGAACCCUCUCACACCAAGAUUUGUGAGGCACUUUGGCACCUUGCUAAUACCACCGCCAACAGAAAUGUCGCUCAAAGCAAUUUUUAAAUCGAUCCUGAAAGGUUUCCUGAACGACUUCUCCAACGCUAUCAGAGAUUUGGGCGACUCGAUGAUCAACGCCGCCGUCGACAUUUAUGACAGAAUCGCAACAGAUCUUUUGCCUACUCCUGCGAAGUCCCAUUACGUGUUCAACUUGCGUGAUCUGUCCAAAUGUAUUCAAGGUAUCACGCAAGCCGACUCUGGAACAAUGCGCGAUGACAAGACAAUGAUGCGUCUCUUUUAUCACGAGUGUUUGCGAGUUUUUCACGAUAGAUUGAUCAAUGUGGAGGACAAGUCAUACUUUUAUUUCUUGAUGAAGGAACUAUGCAUUAGACAUUUUGGUGGAGGGGUCGUCAAGUUGCCGGACGUACCUUUGAUCACGGAGCCCCCAUUGUUGUUGUUCGGUGAUUUUUUGCAUUUUGGAGCGGAGCAGGAAGAUAGACUUUAUGAAGAACUGACUGACGUUGACAAAAUUAAGAGCGCUCUUUCUGAUUAUUUGGAAGAUUUCAAUCUGUCGACUUCAAAGGAAAUGAAACUUAUAUUUUUCAUGGAUGCGAUAGAACAUUGUGUUCGACUGGCAAGAAUUUUACGAGCUGAGAGAGGAAAUGCUUUGCUUGUUGGCGUUGGAGGAAUGGGAAAACAAAGUUUGACGAAGCUUUCUUCACACGUCAACGCUUACAAAUGUUUCCAAAUAGAACUAACAAGAAACUACGACCAUAAUUAUUUCUUUGAAGACUUAAGGAAAAUGUACAACGCAGCAGGAUGUGAAAACAUUAAGACGACAUUUUUGUUCACAGACACACAAAUAGUACAAGAGGAAUUCUUGGAGGACAUUAACAACAUUCUAAACUCAGGAGAGGUACCAAAUUUGUUUGAAAGCGACGAAUUGGAAAAAGUUAUUAACUCUUCGAGAGAAGGGGCAAAAGCAUCGGGAAUCGACGAAGGAAACAGAGAUGGUAUUUUCGAAUUCUUCAUAAAUAAAGUUAGAGCAAAGUUGCAUCUCGUGCUUUGCAUGAGCCCGGUAGGAGAUGCGUUCAGACGUAGGUGCAGAAUGUUUCCCUCUUUAGUGAAUUGUUGUACGAUCGACUGGUUCGAUAAAUGGCCUGAAGAAGCUUUGAUUUCUGUCGCGCAAAAUACUUUAUUGUUUUUAGAAAAUCAAAGUCUUGUUGAGAAACUCUCCGAUAUUUGUGUGCUAAUGCAUAAGAGCGUUGAGGACAUGACAAUCCGUUACUUCUUGGAAAUGAAGCGUUAUUACUAUGUAACACCUAGCAGCUAUCUGGAACUCAUUAAACUAUUUGAAUCUUUGUUGGGUAAUCGAAAGGAGACCAUAAAACGAACUCGAGAUAGAAUCGCGAACGGAUUAAAAAAAAUCUAUGAAACAAACGAAGUUAUUGAUUCCAUGAAGGAAACUCUAAUUGCCUUAGAACCGGAACUUGCUAAGAAAUCAAAAGCGGCCGCCGAACUGAUGGUAUAUCUUGAAAAGGAACAGAAAAGUGCGGAUAAGGUUCGAAAAACUGUUCAAGCUGACGAAGCGGUUGCAAAGGUGAAAGCAGAAGAAACUCAAGCAAUUGCAGACGAUGCACAAAGAGAUUUAGACACCGCAUUGCCGGCGCUUGAAGCUGCAAUUCAAGCGCUUGCAGCGUUAAACAAGAAUGACAUUAAUGAAAUUAAGGCGUUUACGAGUCCACCUAAAAUGGUCCAGUAUGUUAUGGAAUCAGUUUGUAUUUUAUUAAAUGCCAAGACUACUUGGGAUUCGGCCAAAAAAGUUUUGGGAGAUGUCAAAUUUUUACAAAAACUGCAGGAAUACGACAAAAACAAUAUCAGUGAAACUAUACAGAAAAAGCUCCAGUCGUAUAUUGUCAAUCCAGAUUUCAUACCAGAGAAGAUUGCCAACGUCUCCAAAGCCUGUAAAAGUUUGUGUAUGUGGGUUAGAGCCAUGGAUACUUAUGCGAAGGUCUUCAAAAUAGUGGAACCCAAAAGAAAAAGGUUGCAAGAAGCUGAAAAAGAGCUAAACAAAACGAUGACAUUACUGCGAACGAAACAAAAAGAGUUAGCGGACGUGGAGGAGAUGAUUGCAGGCUUGGAGGCAACCUUUAACCAAACCAUGCAGGAAAAGCAAGACCUGGCCGACCUGAUGGAACUGACAUCCAAUCGUUUGAAUCGAGCGGGACGCCUCAACAUCGCACUAGGCGACGAACAGGCCCGUUGGGAGGAGAGCGUAAAAAAUUUGGCUAUUGAACUUCAAAACGCGGUGGGCGACGUGAUGCUGGCCUCCGGUUGCGUCGCUUAUCUCGGCGCUUUCACCAGCAACUACCGGCAGGUGUUGAUGAAAACUUGGGAGAAAAAGUGCAAACAAUAUUCGAUACCCGCAUCUAGUAACUUCAGUUUGAUCAACAUAUUGGCGGAUCAGUACGAGAUACGGAUGUGGAACACGUUUGGGCUACCGCGUGAUUUAAUUUCCACAGAGAACGCGAUCCUGGUUUCGCGGACGAGUAGAUGGCCGUUGAUGGUCGAUCCGCAAGAACAGGCCAACCGCUGGAUCAAGAACAUGGAGGCGGAACGAAGGUUGCAGAUUAUCAAAUUGACCGAGGGCAAUUUUAUGCGUACGAUGGAAAAUGCCGUUAGAAUUGGAUUGCCCGUAUUGUUGGAGGAAGUUGGUGAAACGCUUGAUCCAGUUUUGGAACCGAUUUUGUUGCGGCAAGUAUUUGUCUCCGGUGGAAGAACGUUAAUACAUUUGGGCGACUCUGAUGUGGAAUAUGACAUGAACUUUAAAUUCUACAUUACCACCAAACUGGCUAAUCCGCAUUAUCUUCCAGAGAUUUGUAUUAAGGUUACGAUUGUUAAUUUUACCGUUACUCCUUCGGGACUUGAAGACCAACUCCUGGCAGACGUGGUAAGAUUGGAAAGGCCCGAUCUGGAGGAUCAAAGAAAUGAACUCGUGGUAAAAAUUAACAGUGAUAAGGCUCAGUUAAAAUCAAUCGAAGAUAAAAUUUUGUAUCUCUUGUACCAUUCUGAAGGUAACAUUCUGGACGAUGAAGAACUAAUUGAAACACUAAACGAAAGUAAAGAAACUUCUGCAAUAAUUGAAGCUCGUUUGAUUGAAACAGAAGCAACUGAAGUGAAAAUCUCUGUGGCAAGAGAGAAAUACAGGAACGUAGCUACAAAAGGUUCUGUGUUGUAUUUCGUGGUAGCUAACUUGGCUGAAAUUGACCCAAUGUAUCAGUUCUCCCUUAAAUACUUCAACCAAAUCUUCAACAACGUAAUUAUAAUAAGCGAAAAAAGCAAAAAUUUGGAUAACAGAUUGAACAUUUUACACAAGGAGAUAACAUUGGCUGUUUACACGAACGUGUCAAGAGGAUUAUUUGAACGUCACAAACUGGUUUUCAGUUUCAUGUUGAACGUGGCGAUCUUCCAAAAUUUGGGUUUAAUAAAUGAUAGUCAAUGGAACUAUCUUCUUAGAGGACCUAUUGGUUUUAAGGGUCCGUGCUCACCAAAACCGGAUGUCCAAUUGAUCACUGAUCAGAUGUGGUUGUCUGCUAAUUAUUUGGCGACUAUGUUCCCAAAGUUUAAAAAACUAUUGCCGGAGAUUACCAAAGUGAUUGAACUAAAGAUUGGCGAAUUCUACUUGAGCAUACAAUUACAUACGAAUCACAUGAGUCGUAUUGACUGGAAUGAAGAAUUGGAUGAUUUUCAUAAACUAAUGCUGAUCAAGUGUUUGAAAGAGGAGAAACUAGUAUUUGCCAUUACCGAGUUUGUACGAACUAAAAUGGGACAAGUUUUCAUUGAAAGCCCCCAAAUAUCUAUAAAAUUGCUUUAUCAAGACACAUCAAACUCUGUUCCGCUGAUAUUUAUCUUGAGCACAGGUUCAGAUCCAUUCGCAUCCUUUCAAAGAUUCGCAGCCGACAUGGGCUUCAAAGACAAAGUCAAGUCCAUAUCGUUGGGACAAGGUCAAGGGCCAGUUGCCGAGAAACUAAUAGACGAAGCCCUGGUUGUUGGUGAUUGGGUUUUCUUGCAGAAUUGCCAUUUGGCCACAUCUUGGAUGUUGUCGUUGGAGCGAAUUGUGCUGAGAAUAGCAGAAGAUGCAGGGAGAGUGAAUUUGAUGUUCAGGUUGUAUAUGAGUUCAAUGCCUUCAAAGGCGUUUCCGGUGUCGGUGCUCCAGAAUUCUGUUAAGGUGACCAACGAACCGCCCAAAGGCUUAAGAGCGAACAUCAAAAGAGCUUUCACCGAUAUGCUAGAGGACUUCUUCGAAGAUCAUCCUUUGAAUCAAGACUGGAAGACCAUGUUGUUCGGCAUUUGUAUGUUCCAUGCCACUAUUCAAGAGAGAAAGAAGUUCGGACCACUUGGUUGGAAUAUAGUGUAUGAGUUCAAUGAUUGUGAUCGAGACUUUGCUUUCAAUACCUUGAAAAUGUUCUGUGCUGAAGGAACAAUCCCUUGGGAUGCUUUAGAAUAUCUGACUGGUGAAAUUACAUACGGUGGAAGAGUGACAGAUUAUUGGGAUUUGAGAUGUUUGAAGACUAUUCUGAAAAUCUUCUUUUCUCCCGUAAUCCUCCAACCCGGUUACAGAUAUUCAAAGUCGGGAACGUAUUAUUGUCCGGCAUUUGAAAAACUGGAGGAGUACAGAAGUUUUAUAGAAGGAUUGCCUAUAAUUGAAGAGCCAGAAAUAUUUGGCAUGCAUGAAAAUGCCAACAUUGCAUUUCAAAAUAAAGAGACGCAAAACUUGUUGGUUACAAUAAUGGAAAGUCAACCUUCAAGUGGAGGAGGCGGAGAAGGUGUAUCAACCGAUGACAUAGUUUAUGAAUUAGCUGAAACUAUAAUCGCCACGAUUUUAACUAAAAUACCCGACGAGGAAUUCAAUAUACAUCUUUUCAAGAGAGAUGACAAAGGUCGUCUGCCUUCUCUAACAACAGUACUGACCCAAGAAGUGGACAGAUACAACAAACUACUGGUAAUAAUCCACAGCUCGUUGGAUCAGUUGAAGAAAGCCAUUAAAGGUUUUGUGGUGAUGUCAGAUGCGCUGGAGGAAGUUUUCAAAGCAUUCAUGAACAACCAGGUCCCAAAAAUGUGGACGGAGAAGGCGUACAACUCGUUGAAAAGUCUGGGGAGUUGGGUUCACGAUUUGGCUAUGAGGCUCGAUUUUAUUUCUAUUUGGUUCAGAUCUGGGCCGCCCGUUUCUUACUGGAUAUCGGGUUUUUAUUUUCCUCAAGGGUUUUUAACUGGUACUCUCCAAACGCAUGCCAGAAAAUAUAAUUUACCUAUUGAUGAGUUAAGAUUUGAUUUUCUUCCGAAGGCUACUUAUUUGGAACAGGAAGAACUUUAUAAAAUACAUACAUCCGAAGGGAAAGAGAUAUACACGAUGUAUCGCCCAUUAAAAUUUCCUCACGAUGGAGUGAUUAUUCAUGGACUUUUCGUUGAUGCGGGAAGGUGGGAUUCUGAUGCUCACAAACUUGUUGACGCCAAACCAGGCGAAAUAAAUCCUCCAUUAGUGGCAAUAGCGUUUGAGCCAACAACAACCCUCUUAGAGAAAAAUAGAUAUCCAGCCCCUUUGUACAAAACAUCAGUCAGAGCUGGAACUUUAUCGACAACUGGGCACAGUACAAAUUUUGUAAUUGCUAUUCUACUUAAUUCCGCAUUUCCUCCGAACUAUUGGAUCCUUAAAGGAACUGCGUUACUCACUCAAAUUACUGAUUAAUAUAUAUCAUAUUGUUAUAGUUUUUUAGGAAUAAAUUAAGGUUUUUCAACAA